AAACACGCAUGAGCACAGCGCACGUCCGCCUCCUUUCAUCAUUUUAAAGAGGGUGCAUCACACUUUUAAUUGGACUCUGCGAGGUUAUAUAGUCUCCCACCCCCAGCUUUUUGUGGAUUUAUCUGAAAACAUGCGGGAACAAAAGAAGAUUUAAGAAUAGCAAAGAUCCAGCUCAGCGAUGUUCAAGUCGAUGUUUGGAAAUAAGAAGGAUGGAGGAGGAAAACCAAAAGGGAAAAAGAGCCAGAAAAAUGCAGGCUGUGAGGUGUACACCCCCAGCACCCUGCAGAGGGACAGUGGCCAGCGUGCCAGCCACCACCACAACCGGGACAGUGGCAGAUCGGUCAAGCUAAAGAGACUGACCAAGGGCGUGUCCGUCUCUUUACCAUCCUCCCCGCUUCUACCUCGCCAGGCGGACAUAGCCUCCUCCCACUCGUGCAUCAAGUUCCCAGGACGGGUAAGGAAGCUGGAGUAUGUGGAUGGCUCUUCCAGUGCGAGAGAACCUCUUGUCUUUGCCUCGUGCCGUGGCAAGACAGACUACAGAGACCUUCACGUGGAGCCCCACUUUGGCUCCUCCCUUUCUACCCAGGAACUGAUGACCAGACUAUGCUUCUUAUUGGGAGAAGCAACGGCCGGCACUGCUAGCUCUCCUAUGGAGGACAGGAGGGAUAAAAAGUGUGACACCUCUGCCCAGGGGGGGAGUCCAACCUCCACUCUGACCUGUAGCACAGCCUCCCCCUGCUCAGACAGCCCCACAUCCACCCUGAGCACCAGUGCUGGAGGCCCCUCUUUGCCCCAGUCUUUGCCUCUCUCUUCUCCCUUCUGCGGCUCCAGUACCAGCCCCAGUGGAACGCUGUCCAGCCCCGUCCCUUGCCCUGCUUCUGGGCACACCUCCGGGAGCAGCCCAGGCCCUCCAUCUCAAAGCCCCACCUCAACCUUGGAGAGUAAAGACAGCGGAAUUAUAACAACCAUCACUAGUUCCUCUGAGAAUGAGGAGCGCAGCACCUCCAGUGAGGCUCCCCAGAAGGAGGAGGGCGCGGGGGCCAGCGCCAGUGCCACGGCCCCGGCAAACGAGAGCCGGCAUCCCAGGAUGGCCGGAAACAAUCUGCAAGCCCAGUCCGAUGAAGCUUUGCCCAGACCGGAGAGCCUGGAGCCCAGGACCCCACCGGCACCGAAAAGACCCCUCCCACAGCACCACAUACACAGCACCUCCUCACUAGUGAUGACCCGCCCGAACUCAGUGGCAGCAACAAGCUCCACUCGUCUCGAAGACUUGAGUUAUCUGGACAACCAAAGGGCUGCUGGGCACCGGGCCUCCGUCCGAAAGCACAACACAGCUGGACGCGCAUGUGACGACUCCAAAGGGAGAUUGGUGCCAUUCAAACAAGCCGACAUCAUGCUCAAACCGCUGCUCUUCGAGGUCCCCGGCGUCACGGCCGAAACGCCUUUCGUGGGCCGCGACUGGCUCUUCACGCGGCUGGAGGAGGUCCUGAGGAAAUCCAGCAGCUGUGAGGGGCGCGGGGCCGUCGUCGUGGGCAACGCGGGGUCCGGCAAGACCGCCAUCAUCUGGCGGCUGGUGACACUCAGCUGCCACGGCACGCGCACACCAAGCAUCCCUCACAGCCCCAGCUCAUCCCCUAAAUGUGGCGACAGGGCGGGGAAAGCGGCCUCUAAACAGCCAGCUGAUUCCCAGGUCAGCCAGAGCUCAGCUGCAGGAGCAGGCGAUGCGACAGCGCAGAGGAAGGAGGCCGUGCGAUGCCUGGCUGCCAAGGUGGUAGCCUACCAUUUCUGCCAGGCUGACAACACCUACACCUGCCUGGUACCAGAGUUUGUCCACAGUGUCGCCGCCCUGCUAACCAGAGCACCCCAGCUCGCUCCUUACAGGGAGCUGCUGGCACAAGAACAUCACCUCCAAAACGUACUCAGUUUGCGUUCGUGUGUUCAAGAUCCCCUCGCUGCCUUCCGAAAAGGGGUCUUGGAGCCCAUCGCCAGCUUGCGCAAGGAGCGUAAGCUACCUGAAGAGGACUACAUCAUACUGGUCGACAGCCUUAAUGAAGCAGAGUUCCAUAAACCGGAUUACGGGGACACCAUAGCAACCUUCAUCACCAAAAUCGUCUCUAAAUUUCCUCUGUGGCUGAAACUGGUGGUCACAGUGAGGACGGGCCUGGUGGAAAUCACCACCCUUCUUCCUUUCUCUGGCAUUUCUCUGGAUAUCCUGCCAGACAGCAGUGAUUUGGGAGCCGACCUGAGCGAUUACAUCCAUCACCGGGUCAGCAGCAGCAGCCAGGUCGCCGCUAAUGUCACCACGCCAACGGGCUCUGCUCCCGAUCCCCUGCUUCUCAGCAAGUUCAACAGCCACCUGUCAACACGCAGCCACGGCUCCAUCCUCUACCUGCAGCUGACGCUGGAUCUGUUCCAUAAAGGUCACCUGGCUCUAAAAGGAGGAAACUAUCUAGUUGUCCCUGUGUCUCUGUCAGAGGUGUAUCUGCUGAUGUGCCGUGCGAGCUUUCCGGAAAAGGACGUCUUUGAGCGGGUCCUUCCGGUGCUAAAUGUGGCACUAGCGUCUCUGCACCCACUGACUGAUGAACAAAUGUUCAGGGCACUGAAUGCAGGCAGUGUGAAGGGGGAGCUGGAGUGGAAGGACUUCCAGCAGAGACUAGACAGUCUGGCUGAAUUCAUGAUCAAACGCAGGGAUGGCACACGGAUGCUGUGUCAUCCCUCCUUUAGAGAGUGGCUAGUUUGGAGGGCAGAUGGAGAAAGCAACGAUUUUCUCUGUGACCCAAGGAGUGGCCAUGCUCUCCUGGCAUUCAUGUUCUCCAGACAGGAGGGGAAACUUAACCGCCAGCAGACCAUGGAACUGGGACACCACAUUCUCAAAGCUCACAUUUUCAAGGGUCUGAGCAAGAAGACUGGUGUGUCCUCCAGUGUUCUUCAGGCUAUGUGGGUAAACUGCAGCACAGACAGUCUGUCGGCCGCUCUGGCCUCCCUCAGGAACCUCUACACACCCAACAUCAAGGUGAGUCGUUUGCUGAUGCUGGGCGGUGCGAGCGUAACCUGGACUACGGAGGUGAUCGGACACGCUCCCAUCCUGGCCGUCCACGCCUACCUGGGCCACAUGGAGAUGGUAGCUCUGCUGCUCGAGGUGGGCGCUCCCGUGGACGGGACCACCGACAGUGGCAUGACGCCGCUGUGCCUGGCGGCCGCUGCCGGACACACCGACAUCGUCAGCCUGCUCUGCAAGAAAGGAGCCGAGGUGGGCCAUGCUGAUAAGAGUGGCCAGUGCGCGCUGGUCCAUGCUGGGCUGAAGGGCCACGCGGAAAUCGUCAACAUCUUGCUGGGCCAGGAUUGGGGAUCCGAGAUCCCCGCCGACCCGAAGCAGCACGCCGCGAACGAAGCGGUCCCCGGGAAAGCACAGGCGGCCCAGCAGGCCGUCACCGCCGCGGCCAGUGUGGGACACAUGCAGGUGGUGAAAAGCUUGCUGGACUUGAAAGAUGAGCAGCUGGCAGUACAGAUGGACGCUCACGACUCACUCUGGGGAGAAACGGUGCUGAGCGCGGCGGCGGGGAGGGGGAGGCUGGAGAUGUGCGUGUUCCUCCUGGAGCGGGGGGCCGGGCUGGAGAUACCCAACCGCAGGGGGAUGGUGCCGCUGCUCAGCGCCGCCAAACACGGCCACGCGCAGGUUGCGGAGCUGCUGGUGAAGCACGGGGCGGACGUCGGGGUCAGCGACAAACAGGGCCGCACCGCCCUGAUGCUGGCCGCCUCCGAGGGCCACGCCGGCACCGUCGAGCUGCUGCUGGCAAAGAGUGCCUCUCUGUCCCCUGCUGACCAGGAGGGUCUGACCGCACUCGGCUGGGCCUGCAUGAAGGGCCAGAAGGCCGCCGUGCAGCUCCUGCUGGAGGCCGGGGCCGACCUCAACCAGCCGGACAAGCAGGGGCGGACUCCCCUCGACCUCGCCGCCCUUAAUGGAGACGCAGAUACAGUGCAUAGCUUGGUGGAGCACGGAGCGGUGGUGGAGAGAGCAAACAACAAUGGUACCAGGGGCUCAGAGCGAGCGGCUGGCUGCCAGAAUCCAGCCCUGGUGGCGUCACUCCUGAAGAAAGGAUCCAAGUCGGGCAACAAAACGACUCCACACGAUCGAUCAGGUCAUGCUACGUGGGCCAUGGCUUCCUCCAAACCAGACAUUCUGCUCAUCCUGCUGCAGAAGCUGAUGGAGGAAGGGAACAUUUUAUACAAGAAGGGGCGUAUGAAAGAGGCGGGCCAGCGGUACCAGUAUGCCCUCAGGAAGCUGCCUCGCGAGGGGCAAGGAGAUGAGCUGAAAGGGCUCAAAGAGCUACGAGUCUCCCUCUAUCUGAACCUCUCCCGCUGUCGUAGGAAAACCAAUGACUUUGGCAUAGCUGAGGAGUUUGCCACAAAAGCCCUGGAACUCAAACCCCGGUCUUAUGAAGCCUAUUACGCCAGAGCACGAGCCAAGAGGAGUAGCAGGCAGUUCUCUGCAGCUCUGGCAGACCUCCACGAAGCAGCACGACUCUGCCCGUCCAACCGGGAGAUCCGCCGCCUGCUGUCGCGAGUAGAGGAGGAAUGCAAACAUCACCAGAAGUUCUGCGCCAACAACGCCGCGCAGGGUUACGGCAGGGACCCCCACGCCCACCACCAUCAGCCCCCGGAGGAGGAGGAGGCAGACGUCUAUUCACAGGGAAGUCUGGAGAGGCCGGUCCCGGGGGAGCAGGUGGACGUGGACAGGGAGGAGGAGAAGGAGGAAGGGGACGAGGUGGCCCCGCACUGCGGGAAAAGUCCAAAGUUCUGGCCCCUGAACCCCUACGGCCCCAACAGGACUCUCCCGGGGGGCGCCGCCUUCGGGUUGGCGGACCAGUCGCCGUGCUUCCCUCCGGAGGAGUACGCGCAGACCCAGCUGUUCGUGGACGUGCCGGAGCCCGUCCCGGCCGUGGGCAGACCGGGCCAGGGCCAGAGCGGCCGGACUCACCACCACUGCCACUCCCUGCAGUCGGGGGGCAGGGUCGGGGUCCGGCCCCUGUCGCUGUGCGGGCCCUCCAGUCCUCUGCCCGGCCGCCACAUCUCCACCUCCCUGAGGCCGGCGCCCCCGGCGGGGAUCGACAUCGGGCCCGGCCCGGCCAGCGAGCACAGCCCCACCGAACACUUCCACCCCAUGUCCCCCAACAGCUCGUCCCCGCCCGGCCAUUUCCACAUGUACCAGCCGCGCUCCUCCAGCUUCUCCAGGGGCUCCGACCGACUGUCCGCCCACUCCGGGCCUCUCGACGGCCUGGCUCUGGCCCUGGGGUCCGGCAUGGACGUGAGGAGGGAGGGCGGCGGGGGGGGAACGGCGGGCUCCAGAGGCUCCAGCUCCAGUCAGGCCUCCAGCGGGAACCUGUCGGACGGAGGCAGGCAGCAGGCCCCCGACGGCCCCUGCCCCAUCAAGAGCAGCGGCAGCUUCAAGGCCAAGCCGGAGCUGAAGCCGCGGCCCUUCAUGGGGGUCAUGGACAAAUCGGUGCGGGUCCAAGGCCAGCAGACCUCUGCAGGCCUGGGCCGACAGGGCCAAGGAGCAGGAGGAGGAGGAGGAGGGGCGGAGAGUUUCAGUAUGUCGGUCAUGGAGUUCCAAGGGCUUAACAAUGAGUUCAAACGCGCCUCGUUCCAGGAGCAGCUCCCCGGAAGCCAGCAGCAAGGCAGGGAGUUUGGGGAGCGCUCCCACCAACGGGAGGCCAGAGGCUCCUCCUCGUCCCAACUGCGCUUUCCCGAAGGCAGGCACAGACAGACGAGCCUCACCAGGGACAACCCGGCUCUGCACAUGGCCCCCAUCAAACCCAAACGCUCGUUUAUAGAGUCCAACGUCUGA